CACUGUAAAUCCAUCAUUAUGGGAAAGAUUAUCUUCUAUGAGGACAGGAACUUUCAGGGUCGUUCCUAUGAGUGCAGCAGCGACUGUGCUGACCUGUAUUCUCAUUUCAGCCGGUGCAACUCCAUCCAAGUAGAAAGUGGGUAUUGGAUGGUGUACGAACGGCCAAACUUUACGGGUUAUCAGUAUUUUCUCAAUAGAGGGGAAUACCCUGAUUAUCAACGGUGGAUGGGUUUUAACGACUGUAUCAGAUCCUGUCGUAUGAUACCUCAGCAACAAGGGUCUCAUAGAAUAAGGAUCUAUGUGCGUUCAGACUUUGGUGGACAGAUGAUGGAGUUUACUGAAGACUGUCCAUCUAUUUAUGAUCGCUUCCACUACAACGACAUCCAUUCCUGCAAUGUGCUUGAAGGAUACUGGCUGUUCUAUGAGCAUCCCAAUUACAGAGGCAGGCAGUAUUUGAUGAGAUCGGGUGAAUACAGAAGAUACAGUGACUGGGGUGCCGUAACCCCAAGGAUUGGUUCCAUCAAGCGCAUUGUCUACUCAAACUGA